AUGUAUGGAUUGUGUACUGUAUUAUUGUCAUUGCAAGGGUGUAAGCAUGUAUGGAUUGUGUACUGUAUUAUUGUCAUUGCAAGGCAUAAUGAUAAAUGUGUGUGGUAUGUAACCACUUAUUUAUGUGGAAUUUAUCACAACCCUUAUUACGGAUCAGAUGACGAGUACCGUCUGGUGAGAGACCUGAUGAAAAGCUAUAAUAAACAAGUCAGACCAAGUCUCUUCAACAACCUUGCUUUGAAUGUCAGCUACGGUGUUGCCUUGGCACAGAUAAUUGAUUUG